AUGGCGUGUAGGGUCGGAAUUGAUGACCCGUCGCCAGCCCCCUUCCUUGCGCUCACGAUCGCUGGUCGAACGUUUGCAGCGCUACUGGACAGUGGCGCCACAGCCUCGCUGUUCGGGGAGGAAGUUUUGGCUCACUUACGCCGGCACUCAGUCCGGCUGCGAGCCUGCAACACCGCCUUCCAUCUCGCGAGCGGUGCGGCUACCUCGUGUGGCUCGGCGAGAUUGGUUGUGCGCUGGGAGGAGCGUGUACGCCGUCACAGGUUCGUGUACCUCCCUGGUCUGUCCGUACCCGUGAUAGUAGGCCGAGACUUUCUGGCCCGCACUGGGAUCGUGAUAGACAUUGCGAACAAAGGAUACAGGGAGGGCCCUGAUGCUAGCCGCGGUUACCUGCAAGUGCAGAUGGAGCCAAGGGACGCGGAGAAAACCGCUUUCACCUCACAUAGAGGCUUGUAUGAGUUCACUCGCAUGCCCUUUGGCUGCUCGGGCGCUGCAGCGACUUUCCAGAGAUUGAUGGACAGAGUUCUCGGAAGGGCAAAAUGGCAAUACGCCCUAGCCUACCUAGACGAUAUUGUCCUCUUCUCUCGCACCUUUGAGGAACACCUCCGCCACUUGGAGGACAUCCUCGGAAGGCUGCACGCUGCCGGGAUCACUCUGAACCCGAAGAAAGCUCAGAUCGCAGAGACCCGUGUCUCACUGCUGGGCUUUACAAUAGAGCGAGGCCGUGUUUUGCCGAGCGAGGACAAGGUCCGAGCUAUCCUCGAGUACCCAACGCCGGCUAACAUACAGGCCCUCAGACGCUUUUUGGGCAUGGUGAAUUACUACCGCCAAUUUGUGCCCAACUGCGCCGCUCUACAGGCUCCGUUGACCUCGUUGUUGAGGAAGUCUACAAGCUGGAGCUGGGGUCCGGAGCAAGAUGAUGCCUUCAGGGCUCUCUCUAAAGCUCUUGUGGACACAGCCGAGCUGAAGCUGCCCGACCUGAACAGGGAGUUCGUAGUCCAAGCUGACGCGAGCGACCUGGGUAUAGGUGCGGUGCUGCUCCAAGAACAUGAGGACGUUCUUCGGCCAGUGGCCUUUGCCAGCCGGUCGUUGACGCCUGCAGAGCGUAACUAUUCCGUGACCGAACGUGAGUGUCUAGCGAUAGUGUUCGCUCUGCGUAAGUUCGAUCACUACGUCGACGGAGUGCCUUUUGUUGUUGAAACGGAUCACAUGGCGCUCACCUGGCUGAAGCGCUUGCGCGAGCCCUCAGGCCGCCUCGCGCGCUGGGCAUUGACGUUACAGCGCUACAACUUUGUUGUUCGCUAUCGGAAGGGGAGCACAAACGUGGUGGCCGACGCCUUGUCGCGCGCCCCCGUUUCAGACCCGGACACCUUUGACCGGCACCCCUCCGCGACAACGCUUCUGAACGAAGCCGGAGCCCUUGUCUCCAAAGGCACGGAAGGAGCGAGUUCAGGCGGCUGUGCGGCCUAUAAGCCGCCGUCGCCGGGCGAAAGUGCGUACCUGCUGGACCCUGUAACGUCCAUGGGUAUCACAUUCAGCAGACGGGAGCUGCUGGAAGCUCAGCGGAAAGACCCAUUUUGUCAGCAAAUCGCUGACGAGCUCGAAAAAGAGCACAGCUCCGGAAGGGAGCGAGGCGGCAACGCCGAUGGGUGCAAAUUGACAGCUGGUAUUGCUGUUGGCGCCGGGUGCGACGCAGCUGGUAUUGCUGCAGGCACGUUGGAUUCGUAUCUGCUGGAUGCUGAUGGAGUGCUCCUGCGCUAUAUCCCAUCUGAAGAGGCUCCUAAUGAGUCCUUUAAGGUGGUGAUCCCCCGCAGUCUACGGAGGGCCACGUUGAGCUAUUUCCAUGACUCGCGGUUGGCCGGACACGCGAGUGGCCCCUCAUCAACAACUGUGGAGCUGGCAGCGAUUGAUGCUGUUCUAAAGUACGUGCAAGAGGAGUUAAGUACGUUGAAGGUUGUCAUCCUUUCAGACUCCCGCGCUGCUCUCAACACACUACAGGGAAGGGACGCUGAUCAUCCAGCUAUGAGUAGCAUCACUGAGUAUGCCACGCACAACAGGGCAAUCGCUGAGUCUGCCAAUAUUGUCCCCCAUGAAGCCAUCAUUAAAGCAUUAGAAGCAAUGAAGAUGGGAGCAACGUGUAUCUCUGCGUUUAUAGCUGCCUACCGAUGA